UUUCAAUAUUCUCGUACGUUUCCUAUACCUUAUUUAGAAGACAUACGCAUCUACAUACAUAUAUAUAUAAAACCAACUAAAUUUAUUCAUUCCAUUUUAUCAACAAAAAAAAGAGGACAAAAACCCAAAAAAUAAAAAGAAGAGGAAUAAAUUCUGAAAUCAAUGGCGAAGAAGGUGAGGAAGCUUCACGUGAAGGUGAAGCCGGUGAGGCUUGAUGGUUUACCGGCUAUUCCCGGCGACGAAACGGCGGCGAAGAACCUUUCCGCGAUGGUGGAGUUGAAAUGGAAAGGACCCGUAUCCGGUUUCGGAUUGGCGUACGUCCCAUUUUACCGGUCAAACCGACCGGUUAACCAUACGAGCUCUGAACCGAUUGCUUCAGGCAAUAGCUAUGUGGAAUGGGAAGAGGAGUUCGAACGCGUUUGUUGCAUUGUUGGCCCAUGGAACCUUUCGUUCAAAGUCUUCUACGGAGAGACGAUAGACGAAAAAAGCAAAAAAGCUGUGAUCGGAAAAGCCUCGUUGGAUUUAUCAGAAUUAGCGUCGAAGCAUGAAUCGACGGUGGAGAGAAAGCUUCCGAUUAGGUCAAAGGGUUUACUUUUGAAGGAAGCAACUCUUGUGGUCAUCGUGACUUUUUCCGAGGUAAGAACCGAGCCAUACGACUUUGCACAACUCGGUCAGAUCUCGGUUGACUCAGCGAUCCCGAUGAAGAUGUCGAGUCGUCGCGGCGGCAGCGAUUUUGAUUCGUCUUCCUCUCCGGCCACCGCGUCGAGCUCAGGAAGACGCAGCCCGAUUGUCGCAACCGGGUCAUCAUCAAGCCCGGAGAACCAAUCUGAACCGGGUCAAAAAGCGGGUUUUAAUUGGUGGAAGAGACGACGGUUAAGCUUCUCUAUGACCUGGAGAAGAGAACCGAGAGAGGAUGAAGCUAUAACGAAGGUAUCAUCAAAACCGGAGACUGAACCAGAAAAACCGGCGACGCCGGAGGACUUAUCGAUCGAGGCGAAUAAAUGGGUGGUGAAGGAUUUAGCAAGCCGCGAUGGGAAAUCGAAGCUGAGAUCGGAAGUUUACACGGCGUCGAUUGAUCAGAGAAGCGAACAAGCCGGCGGAGAAGCAGCUUGCGCGGCGGUUGCGGUGGUGGUGGCUCAUUGGUUCCAAGCGAAUCCGAUGCUAAUCAAUCCACCAGGAACAGAGUUCGAUUCGCUAAUCACGCAAGGCUCUUCCUUAUGGCAAUCCCUCUGCGACGAAGAAUCGUAUCUGAGAUUGUUCCCGAACAGACAUUUCGAUCUGGAAACGAUCAUCUCCGCCAAUUUACGGCCGAUUAGGUCUUGCACUGAUAAAUCGUUUACAGGGCUUUUCAGCCCGGAGAGAUUCGCAUCGUUGGAGGGUUUAAUGUCGUUUGAUCAGAUCUGGGAUGAAGUUGAGAAAGAAGUAGCGAUAGCUUCUGGGGAAUCUAGGGUUUAUAUCGUUAGCUGGAACGAUCAUUUCUUCGUGGUGAAAGCAGAUUCAGAUGGGUUUUGUGUGAUUGAUUCGUUAGGUGAGAGAUUGUUGGAAGGUUGCAAGCAAGCGUACAUUCUCAAGUUUGAUGAUUCGAGUUUGAUGUAUGAGAAGGAGGGAUCGUCGGAGAAAUUGGUUUGUAAAGGUAAAGAGUGUUGCAGAGAGUAUGCAAAGAGGUUUCUUGCGGCGAUUCCGGUGGCGGAGCUGGCGGCUAAGGAGGAGAAAGGGGAUGUAGUUGAUGUGUCUCUUCUUCAUGAGAAACUUCAGAUUGAUUUGCAUCAUAUUAUGUUGUUGACUGGUGAUUAGAGAUAUAUAUAUAUAUUUUUUUCUGACUAGUUUGGUUUAGUGUAGAUUUUGGUAGGACGGUGAGAUUAGAGAGAGUUAUUUUGUGCAUAUGGUUCGUUCGUUAUUUCUUCAUCUGAGACAAUGUGUUAGGAAAAAUCUAAUAAAAAGUUUAUGUUUGUCUUUGCUUGUGUACUAAAAUCC